AUGGCACAGAAUUAUGUUAACAGGCGAAGGCAGUCAACGAUUGUUAUAGAAAAUCAAGACAGAAUUUUGAUUCCUGAAAGAAAAAUCUCCAGAGUAAGUUUUACUGGGAGUGAUGCCCCUUCUCGGAAAACGUCUACGGUCUCCUAUAAAUCCAACGUCGAUGAAAAGGGCACCAUCAACCCGUCAUUUACUUCCGAUGAACAAAGUCAGGAUCAAAUUUCUUUGCGCGAAGUUCAUGUUGGUCACAGUCCAGAUAUUCGCAGAAAAUCUGUGACCUAUAUCAAGAAAGAAUUGGAAAUUGAUUACCAUGCAGUGGAGCUUGGAACCCUGUGCAAUCGAUACAACUCACAUGUGCAAUUGGGUCUUACAGACGCCCAAGCACAUAAGAAUCGAGAACUUUACGGUAAGAACAUCCUGACUCCGCCCAAGAAAACGCCAUUAUGGAUCACAUUCCUUCACACAUUGGUCGGAGGAUUCCAACUUCUUUUGUGGACCGCCGCCAUUCUCAGCUUUAUCGCCUAUGUGGCGCAGAUGGUGCAGAUAGGAGACGCUCCUCCGGAUAAUUUAUAUCUCGGAAUAGCACUAUCCGUCCUGGUUCUGGUUCUCGGACUCUUCACUUUUUACCAGGAAUUUUCUUCUGGGAAGGUGAUGGACAGCUUUUCCCGACUGGUUCCUACCAUGGCCACGGUGACGCGAGAUCAUAAAAUCUUGCUUAUUCCUGCUUCCGAACUGGUAGUGGGAGAUGUUGUUCAUAUAAAACUUGGGGAUAGCAUUCCAGCCGACAUCAGAAUAUUGGAGUGCCAAGGUCUCAAAGUGGAUAACUCGUCACUUACGGGGGAAUCUGAACCUCAACCAAGGUCUCCUCUUUGUACGGACGAUAAUCCAAUGGAAACUCAAAACUUGGUGGAAAAAAGUUUAAUUGUGUUUCCUUUUUCCCUCAAAGGAACUGGCAAAGGUCUCGUCGUGGCUGUGGGAGAUGGGACAUUCAUCGGUCGAAUCGCUGGGCUAACCACGGGAAUGAAUAAAAUCGAUACGCCAAUGUCACGAGAGGUGGCCUACUUUGUGAAGGUCAUCUCCUUUGUUGCCAUAAUUUUCGGAAUUUCCUUCUUCGCCAUAUCUCUAACAAUGGGAUACCAAAUUUUGGAUGCUGCUAUUUUUCUAGUCGGAAUUAUAGUGGCAAAUGUGCCAGAAGGAUUGCUUGUCACGUUCACCGUGAUUCUAGCUCUCACAGCAAAACGUAUGGCCAAAAAGAAUUGUGUAGUAAGACAAUUACACGCUGUGGAAACGUUGGGUUCUUGCUCUGUGAUUUGUUCUGACAAAACUGGGACGCUGACACAAAAUAAAAUGACAAUGUCCCAUAUUUGGGUAAACAAUCAAGUGCUGGACGUAUCCUUAGGAGAAAAUGGCACCCUUCCAGAUUUGGAAGAUCUAGCUGGAUUUCGAGAUCUAUCAAGAGCAGCGGCUUUAUGCAGUCGAGCUACGUUUCUGGCUGGCCAGGAGGAGUUGUCAAUACCGCAAAGGUACAUAAAGUUAAUUUCCAUUAUAAUUUUGAUAAUUCUGCUAUUUUAACCAUGCAGUAUUUUUGUGGAUCUGUAAAUAGGUUGGUAUCAGGCGAUGCAUCGGAAUCAGCAAUAUUGCGAUUCGUGGAAAUGUCUCUCGGGAAAGUUGAAGCUUUCCGAGAUAAUUACCCAAAACUAUUCGAAAUUCCUUUCAACUCGACCAACAAAUACCAACUGUCGAUCCAUAAACAUGAUAUGACGCGAUGUC